ACGACUUUCACCAGACCCGUCAACAUGAACCACCUACCACAAGCCUGGGGCAGACCUCGCGAUGAUGUCUACGGCAGCUACAAUCCCACAUAUCUCCCGCAAUCCCACGGCGGCACCCAACAACCCAUCACACACACCCAAUCGCCCGUGGUCACCGGCACAUCGGUCAUCGCGAUCAAAUUCUCCACGGGCGUCGUAAUCGCCGCCGACAACCUCGCCUCGUACGGCUCCCUCGCCCGCUUCACCGACGUCAAGCGUCUGAAACCGUUCAACCGCAAAGCGGUAGUCGGCUUCGGCGGCGAUGUCAGCGACAUGCAAUACCUCGACCGGCUGCUCAACUCGCUCGACGUCGAGGAGAACUACGCCGUGGGCAGCGGGCGGGACGCCAGCGGCGAGCUGGAGCACGUGUUGAUGAGCGCCAAGAACCUGCACACCUACCUCAGCAAAGUCAUGUACAAGCGCCGGACGGAUUUCAACCCGCUGUGGAACGCCCUGCUCGUGGCGGGGCUGGACGAGAAGAAUGUGCCGUUCCUGGCAUCGGCGGAUCUGCUGGGGACGACCUUCAGUGCGCCGACGCUGGCGACGGGGUUCGGGGCGCAUUUGGCCCAGCCGAUUCUGCGGAAGGUGGUGCCGGAUGAGGAGGCGAGUAAGGCGUUGGAUCGGGCGACGGCGGUGAAGGUGGUGCAGGAUUGCAUGAAGGUCUUGUUCUACCGUGACGCGAGGAGUAUGAAUGAGUACAGCAUUGCGGUGAUUGACGAGAAGGGCGUCGAGCUGAAGCAGAAUGAGAAGCUGGAGAACCAGAGCUGGGAUUUUGCGGAUCGGAUCAAGGGUUAUGGCACCCAGACGGUAUAGGGUGGAGGCCAGGUGUUGCGCCUUACUAGGCCAUGUUUCUAUGAAACACGCGUACGACGUUGAUGUCAAAUGAUUCGGAUGGGAAAUAUGGCCCUUUUGAGGCCAGUGAUGUAUACUAUCAAUCACAUACGCAAUGCAUGAAAUGAAUCAAACAUGGAAGCACGUAAAGAAAUUGCAACACUCUGGUUCGGGAACGACGACUGUGACCAGCACGAUCUGUCCUUCCGU